CAGUUCCCCCAAAGCCCCCAGGACAUGCUAGGUGAACUCCAGUUUGCCUUUGUAUGCUUCCUGCUGGGGAACGUGUACGAGGCUUUCGAGCACUGGAAGCGGCUCCUGAACCUUCUGUGCCGGUCAGAAGAGGCCAUGGUGAAGCACCACACCCUUUAUGUCAACCUCAUCUCCAUCCUGUACCACCAGCUUGGCGAGAUCCCUGCCGACUUCUUUGUGGACAUUGUCUCCCAGGACAACUUCCUCACCAGCACCUUACAGGUUUUCUUUUCAUCCGCCUGCAGCGUUGCCGUGGAUGCCACCCUGAGGCAGAAAGCUGAAAAGUUCCAAGCUCACCUAACCAAGAAGUUUCAGUGGGACUUUGAGGCGGAGCCUGAGGACUGCGCCCCAGUGGUGGUUGUUCUUCCCGAGGGUGUGGGGACUGGCUAACUGGAAAAGCUCUCAGCCAGAGGAGGCCCCUUCCCCACGGCUGUGGUCCUGGCUCCUCCAUUCACCUGUCCUACUGGGACUUCCUGGGGCAGCAGCCCUGCCAGGUUCUACAAAGAUAGAGCCAGAAUUCCCUCCUUCACCAAUAAAUAAGUUCUUUCAGUGCCAGAGAGGCUGUACCCCAUCUAGAAGGCACAUUUGUGGGUUCCCCGUCAGCCUGGCCUUGGUGCUAUAACCUAACUGAAUUCCAAAUGAGCUCUUGGGAGAGACCUGCCUCAGCAGCAGCUUGCUUCCUUCCAGAAGAGAAGAAGUUGAGCCCAAAGCCCAGGAGAACCGAUUGUUUAUUCCGUAGAAUGGUUAGAAACCCUGGACUGCCCAGGAGGCUGAGAUGUCAGUUGGUGACUUUUUAAAAGUUAAUCAGAGGGUAAUAGGGAGAUGAGCCAGGAUUUCUGCCUGCCCCUUGUUGGAUGGGAAUACAUCACAGAAAACAUGGGCGUGUGACCACCCUGGAGCCCCAGGUUGCGGGGAGCAUAACAGAAGACAGGUUGAAUCUGACGAGUGGUCAGCUUUUGCUUUAAAUCCCUUUCUCCUGUCCAGAGGUCCCAGUGGAUAAUCUUUCAAGAUCAUUGCAGCUCCUGACCUCAGAGGCAUUGCUAGUGCCACACCCCUCCCAUCUGCUCCCUUCUGAGGCCUGAGACCCAGAAGUGGGCCUUGGCAACCCUCUUGUAUGGCCCCAUUCCUCCCUCACCAGAGCCACCACGAGUGUUUCUGAUGACCUGGAGAUUCAACAACAAAGAGAAAGGUUCUUGCUUUGUACAGGUUUCUUUGGCCCUGUUGAAGUUCUGUGCCUUUAUUCAGAGCUCCAGAGAUGACCUGGUCAGCCUGGGUCCGCCCCCCAUCCUGCUGUGGGGCUGUCAGCCACAGGAGUGAUGGCGCUCCGGUUUCCUGGGAAUCCUGAGGGGUCGCGCAUCAUGCACGCAGGCCCUGCCACCCUGACCUCAGACUGUUGUUCUAUGAUCGGAGUCCCUGUGCUGCUCUCUCCCAAGGCUGUGGCUCACACUAGCUUUCUGAAUAACAAUCCCCUCCGGUUAAGACUUUCGGUUCCACUUGUCUCCUUGGAAUUGUUUUUCCAAGAGCAUAAUAUACAUUAAAGUCUUGGAGUUGAGAC